AACCCCAAACAGACCUCAACUCCAACGAGUUUAUCAAAUUCAAUCUCUUGUCUGCGCCUGAGUGACCGCGGCUAUUUCUUCAUCCAAAAUCCGACUCCUCCCUCUCUCUCUCUAUCUCGAUGGAGGACUUCAUUUCUUCCAUUGCCAGCUGUUCCGUAACCCUAAUUUCUCCUCAGGGCAGGCCCUAAGCCAGCUUCCACAAUUCGAACUCCAUUAGAUUCCACCUCGAUUCUGUGGGUUGCAGCAAGGAGAACGUUAGGCUACAGUCGGUAUAGAAGAGGAUUUUAUAAUGUUUUCCUGGAACUUAGCGAAAUCGGCAGAGGCCGUUUUCUCCCGGUGGGCGGUGAAGCGGCUUUUCAAGUUCUUCCUGAAGAAGAAAUUAGGGCAAUUCUUGUUGGGGGAUAUUGAUCUUGACCAGCUUGAUAUCCAGCUCCGCCAAGGCACCAUCCAGCUUAAUGAUCUUGCUCUUAAUGUUGAUUACCUUAACGAAAAGUUUGGUGCAUCCACGUUGGUGAUUAUAAAAGAAGGAUCAAUUGGUUCUCUAUCAGUUAAAAUGCCUUGGCAGGGUAAAGGUUUUCAGGUUGAGGUGGAUGAGCUUGAGCUUGUGCUUGCAUUUGCACCUUGUCCAAGGAAUAAAUCACCUGCAGGAAAUGGGAAUAAUGUUUUCAAUCAAGAUAGUAAUCACGAUGUGGAAAGUGAGGGAGGAGGAAGACAUGGGCACAAUAUGAUGGAUAAUUCUGCAAAAUCUAGUUCAACUGAUGUUCAUGAAGGUGUCAAGACAAUUGCAAAGAUGGUGAAGUGGUUUCUAUCAAGCUUCCAUGUAAAUGUCAAAAAGAUAAUUGUUGCAUUUGAACCAGAUUCAGAGGAUGAGAAGGAGGUUGGGCAUCGCAAAACAUUGGUUCUUCGAAUAUCUGAAGCAGAAUGUGGAACUUGUGUUUCUGAAGAUGCUAAGUCAAAUUCUGAUGCAAGAGUUGAGAGCUUUCUAGGAAUAAGUCAACUAACAAAUUUUAUAAAGUUUCAAGGUGCAGUACUUGAACUACUUAAGAUGGAUGAUGUUGAUAAUCAAACUUGCUCUCCUUGUCCACUAGGUUCAAGUUUUGGCGAGCUGUUUUCAGGUCACUGUCCAUCUAAUGCUACUCCAAUUUUGACUGGGAGUAAAGAUGGAUUUUCAGGGAAUCUAAAGUUAAGCAUCCCUUGGAAAAAUGGUUCCUUAGAUAUCCGCAAAGUGGAUGCAAACAUUUCCAUAGAUCCUGUGGAAUUGAGGUGUCAACCCAGUACAAUUAAGUGGUUGUUAGUUUCAUGGGAAACUUAUAAGACUUUAGAUAAGGAGAUGCAGUACCGGUCAACGGACAAUGUUGAUUUGAACUCUGCUUCUCUUUUCUAUUCAACAACUUCCAUUCCUGCUAUGGUUGCCACUGAUAAGGUGAUCCCUGCUCAUGGUUCUUUUUUGUCUGCUUUUUCUUCUUUGACUGUGCAAGAAUCAAGAAGUGAAGCUAUGCUAGCUGGAUCACAUCUUAUACCUGAUUGGGUUCCAAAUUCUGUCAAAGACUAUUAUAAAGAUGGUAACCAAGAAGAACUCGAUCUUGGGGCAAGCGUGGACCAGUUCUUCGAAUGUUUUGAUGGAGUGAGAAGUUCACAAUCAGCACUAGGAAGCAGCGGAAUGUGGAACUGGACGUGUUCUGUUUUCAGUGCAUUAACUGCUGCAUCCAGUCUUGCAUCUGGAUCUUUGCAAAUCCCCUUGGAACAGCAGCAUGUUCAGACUAACCUUCAAGUUACUGUGGCUGGAAUUUCUAUCAUAUUAUCUUUUCAAGAUGAAGGCCAGGAGUAUUUGUAUGGUCCCAAGGGUGAUCAAAGUAGUAAUGGUUUACAUGUUCAUUUUAUGGUUGCAGAGUGCAAAGACAUUUUUGUUGCCUUACAGGUAUGUCCUCAAGAAGUGAGAUUUGAAGGAAAAUUGCAGUAUAUUGAGGUUUCUGAUUACUUAUGCAAUGAAAACGAUGUCAUGAACCUUCACCUGACAGAGUGUAGUACUGUUUGCAAAAGUCCAACCCUUUCAGUUCAACAUCUGCAAGAAGAAGUUCAAGCUGCUCUUCCUCCAUUGACUUCAUCCGUCAAAAGUCAUGAUCUAGAUGAAUUAAGUGUUCAAAAUGCAUCAGAUAUUUUUAGAGACAUGACAAAGGUCAAAAUGCUCAGUACCUCAGGGGUCACUCAAUGCCAAUUUGCUGUUAAUUCUGAUUCAUUAGAUGGAAGUUUAAGAGGGUCCACAUCAUUUUCAUUGCAAUUGCCGCAUUUUAUAUUUUGGGUGAACUUCUGGUCUAUAAAUAAGUUAUUGGAUCUUUUGAAGGAUGUUGAAGCAUAUGUAAAGACGAAUUGUAAGAGGGAUGGAUUUUCGCAUGUGAAUCAAGAGCGUCAAUCAUCUCUUGGCAAUGUGAAAUGGGGUUCAUGUACUGGUGUUGCAACAUUAUCUUCAACAAGAAAAUUAAAGGGCAAUAUAUCAAUCCCUAAUGCGAGGAUAAUUAUAUGUUUCCCCUUUGCAACUGGCAAUGAUUUUGGGGACUACUUUUCCUGGGUUCAAUUUAUUGCAGUUGACUUUACAUCACCCUUAUCUUUUGAAAAGGGUAAAGUUAAAGACACGACUUUAUUGUCAGGUACCUGUUCUUGGAAACAAUAUACUUCAAAUGCCACAUGCUCUUUGCAUUUGGAUGUUGGUGAUCUAAAUGUUUUCUUGGUCAAUCCUACAUGUAAAAGUGAUGCUAAAAUAAAUUCCUGUGGUGUGCCAAAGCAGAUGUAUUGUGCUCAGAAGAUUUUAUCCAUAAGCAACAGAGCUGGUUGUCUUUCUACUGUUAGUAUGCUUUGGCAGGAGGGUUCUGUGACUGGCCCUUGGAUAGCUGAGAGAGCCAAGUCAUUGGCCAUGUCAGAGGAAUCUAGGAGCAGGAAAAAAACUGCAGUUGAAGGUUAUGAAUUUGUCUCAGUAACUUCUGUGAAGGAUCUGGAAGACACAAAUUCUCAAACUCGGAAAGAGUUAGUUUUGAGCUCUGCAUUUUUCCUGCAUGUUCAUUUGUUUAAUGUUUCUAUUGAUCUUGGCAGUUCUCAAUAUGGUAAUUUGCAUAAUCUAUUCGAUCAGAUGAUUAGUAGCUUAUCAGGAGCAGUCUGUGACCCAUUAAAUGAACGGGAAGUGUUGUCUGUGCCUCAAACAUCUAUCUUUGUGGAAUGUGCUUCUGUAGAGAUUUUAAUUAGACCAGAUGUGAAGGAGGACACAAAAGAAUCAUUGCAGAGUGAACUUCCUGGAUCUUGGCACUGUUUAAAAUUGAAAGUUCAGAAGCUUGAUAUGUUGUCUGUUGCAAAUAUUGGAGGGAUUGGGAGGGCCAAUUUCUUCUGGUUGGCCCAUGGAGAAGGUAAAUUGUGGGGUUCAGUCACUGGGGUUCCAGAUAAGGAGUUUCUUCUGAUUUCUUGCAGCAACUCAACAAGGAAACGUGGUGAUGGAGGAGGUUCAAAUGCAUUAUCCUCCCGGUUGGCUGGCUCUGAUAUUGUGUACCUACGGGAUCCAAAGAACUUACAUGAGUUUACAUCUAUUAAUGUCAGAUGUGGCACAAUUGUGGCUGUUGGUGGUCGCUUGGAUUGGUUGGAAGCAAUAUCCUCCUUUUUCAGCGUGCCUUCUCAUGAAAUCAAGAGGACUGGUGAUGAUAAUUUGCCAAAGGGGGAUUUGAGUGCUCCUUGUGAAACUACUUUUAUUCUCAAAUUGGUUGAUAUUGGUUUAAGUUAUGAGCCCCAUCUAAAAUAUUCAAUGGUUUCUGAUUUCCAAUCUGAGUCCAGUUACUCAUAUUUUAAAGAUGAAACAAGCAGGCGACCUGUUGCUUGUCUGUUGGCUGCAUCUUCCUUGACACUCUUAAAUACUUCUUUAGAGACUUCAAUGGAUAAUGAUUAUAAAAUUACAGUGCAAGAUUUGGGGUUCCUUCUCUGUCCAGCAUUUGAGAAUCCAGGUGGCAGUUACAGCGUGGAUUAUCUUCAUGAGAUGGGUUAUGUUAAAGUUGCUCGGGAGGCACUUCUUGAAACAAUUUUAAGAACCAACUGUAAGAAUGAUUUUUCAUGGGAGUUAGAAUGUUCAAAAUCCCAUAUGUAUGUGGAAACCUGCCAUGACACUACCUCUGGUUUGAUACUGUUGGCUGCGCAACUCCAACAGCUUUUUGCUCCUGAUUUGGAGGAAUCAAUUGUUCACUUGCAGACUCGGUGGAAUAAUGUUCAUCAAGCCCAAAAGAGAAAUGAAUUUCAUCAAGCCCAAGAGAGAAAUGAAUUCAACAACGAUUGUGGGAUGUCCAGUAAUUCCAUCUCGUCAGCUCUUCAACUGCAUGCCUCUAGUGGUGAUACAAAUAAUAAACCGGGGAUUGUUGGUUUAAUGGAUGAGAUAUAUGAAGAUGCAUUUCAUUUGGAUGGGAAUCAGGAGUGCCAGUUUUAUUCUAACGAGUCACAAGUUUGUGCUUCAUUUGAUGAAAGCCUCCUUGGAGAGGCUUUCGGCUCGAGUAUUAGAGCUCCUGAAUUCGUCUUUGAUGAUGUACCUUUUGAUGGAACUGCACCUAUAAUAGGAAUAGAAAGCGGUCAAACCUCAUAUUUACAGAAUGGUUCCUUGCCAGAAAUUAUAGAAGGCUAUUGCUUGUCUGAGUUACGCCCAUUGUCCGAAUUGCCCAUUGGCAGCCAGUUGCCAUCUGAGAUUCUGAAAUCCCAAUCCAGGAAUUUUAGGGAGGGAGAUCUUGGAAGAGGAAAGAGCGGAUGGUAUGAGGGUACUUCCUUAAGCAUAGUUGAAAAUCACAUUUCUGAAGCAAGUGGUGAAGCCAGCUUGAAUAAGGAUUUGGAAGACAAGCUUCCAUCUUUUGACGGUACUAGACCUGAUGAGUUUGGAAAGCCCACAGGGUGUGUACAUUUUAAGAAUAUUAACGUGACCUGGAGAAUGUUUGCUGGUUCUGACUGGCAUACAUAUGAAAACAAUGGUGAAUCUUCUAGAAGUGUUCAUGGAAGGGAUACAACUGCUUGUCUAGAGCUUGUAUUAUCUGGGACACAAUUUCAAUAUGACUUGUACCCUGUUGGUGGAAUAUGUGCUUCUGAGCUUUCCUUUUCAGUUCAGGAUUUCUACCUUUAUGACAGGAGCAAAUCUGCACCCUGGAAACGGGUACUGGGAUAUUAUUGCUCAAGAAAUCAUCCUAGGGAAUCCUCUUCAAAAGCGCUUAAGCUGGAGUUGGAAGCUGUCAGACCAGAUCCUCUAACCCCUCUUGAGGAGUACCGGUUACACAUAGCUUUGCUUCCUAUGCUAUUGCAACUUCAUCAGAGCCAACUUGAUUUUCUCAUUGGCUUUUUUGGUGCAAAAGGCUCAUCGACUGACCAGUCUUCAGAUCCUAAUGAAAAUGCAGGCAGUGCAAAACCAUAUGCAUCAAAGAAUCUUGGAGGACAUAGAAUUGAAGAUGAGGCAUUGCUUCCCUAUUUUCAGAAGUUUGAUAUAUGGCCUAUCAUUCUUCGGGUUGACUACAGUCCUCAUCAUGUUGAUCUAGCAGCAUUGGGAGGUGGGAAGUUUGUGGAGCUUGUAAAACUUGUUCCUUGGAAGGGGGUUGAGUUACAGCUCAAACAUGUUCAUGCUGUUGGUGUCUAUGGCUGGGGUAAUGUAUGUGAAGCAACUAUUGGGGAGUGGCUGGAGGAUAUUUCUCAAAAUCAGAUACAUAGAGUUCUUCGAGGCCUUCCUACUGUCCGAUCCUUGUUUGCUGUUGGUGCUGGUGCUGCAAAGCUUGUUUCUUUGCCUGUUGAGAGCUACAGGAAGGAUCAGAGAGUACUUAAAGGAAUGCAGAGAGGUACAAUUGCAUUUCUUAGAAGUAUAUCACUUGAAGCUAUUGGACUUGGGGUGCAUUUGGCAGCAGGGGCUCAUGACAUUUUGCUGCAAGCAGAAUAUAUUCUUACAAGGAUUCCUCCUUCUGUAUCAUGGCCUGCGAAGGGCAAAACAAAGCCAAAUGUAAAAUAUAAUCAGCCCAAAAAUGCCCAACAAGGAAUUAAACAGGCAUAUGAGAGCCUCAGUGAUGGACUAGGGAAAUCUGCUUCUGCUUUAGUUCAGGCACCAUUGAAGAAGUACCAGCGUGGAGCCAGUGCAGGAUCUGCCUUGGCAAUUGCUGUACGGGGUGUUCCUGCCGCUGCUAUAGCUCCAGUUUCCGCAUGUGCAAGUGCAGCACAUUAUGCUCUCCUUGGCCUAAGAAAUAGCCUUGAUCCUGAGCGCAAGAAAGAGUCAAUGGACAAGUAUUUGGGUCCUACUCAGCCAUGAGAUAUGAAUUGAUCAAAAUAUGUGGAUCACCUUAAACACGACUUAUUGUUGUAUCUGGAAUCUGGAUGUCCUCUCCAGAAUUCUCCUUGCAGUCACGGUAGUCCAUCUGUCCUGUGUACAGUCGAUAAAAACCAUCGUACAGAUUCUUUCUGGCAAUUAUGUACAUAUUGUAAAUGCUGAUUGGUGCUUGAGAUUUCAACCCUGCUGCCACAUAAUUGUAAAUUAUUAUAGUAAAUUAAAAGCUGUCCGUAGGUCUGUUUGAAAAAAAUAAAAAGAAGUUACUAGGUCAGAGAAGAUAACCCUUGAUUCUUUGAUAGCCUCGUGUUUGUCAUUCAUUUUAUGUAAUUUUAUUUAAUACCUCAAGAUAUAUUAAUGUUUGAUGAUUUUUAUAUUAAUGCAAAGUUUAUUGCAUUAAUUUUACAUGAAGUGUAAUUCCUUGUACUGUUGAUGUUCA